AUGGACUUGGAGUUGGAGACUGCCAUGGAAUCUCUCAUCAACAUACUCUAUGCCCAUUCUGUCAAGGAAGGUGAUAAGUAUAAACUGAGCAAGAAGGAGCUGAAGGAGCUACUGCAGGCUCAGCUUUCUGGCUUCCUGGAUACCCAGAAGGAUGCAGACUCAGUGGACAAGGUGAUGGAGCUGGAUGAGAACAGCGAUGGUGAAGUUGACUUCCAGGAGUAUAUGGUGCUGGUGGCUGUGCUUACUAUGGCCUGCAACAACUUCUUCUGGGAGAACAGUUGAGCAAGCAGCCCAGCCCUGGCCAGCACCAA